GUUGUUGCUUAGAGAUGGACUUAAGCAGAACCUAUGCUUCUAAGCAAAAAAAAAAAAAAAAAAAAAAAAAAAAAAAAGCCCGGCUAUUCCUGACACUCAUAAUGUUCUAGGAUCAGAUCAAAAAUUUUACAUAAUAGCUCACAAUAUGUCCCUGACUAAGGGUUCGGCAAAAGCCAGCUUGUACCUGACGGUAAUUUAUCUCUUUUAGAAGUAAUUACUAUGCAUACAGUUAUUCUAAUUAUUACUUGAAAUUCUUACCUUAUAAUAUAUUUGUACAUGCGAGACCUUUUCAUUCCAUAAUUGAAUAUUCAUACCAACUUCUUCGCUGGUUAUACAAUUUUAAAUAACAGGAAAGACCUUCAUUACUUCCAAGUCCAAGAAAUCUAUUAAGAGCCUUCACAUGCUCUUAAUGGGCAAACCCAAUUAUAAAAUUGUAUUUGGGAGAAAGUGGAUCAGCAAUGGCUACUGUUCAUCUAAUCUCAUCCUCCCUCUUCAUCCAAUCCAAAGGAAGAAGAUACAACUCCAUAUCCUCCAUCAAGAGUCUCCAAAAACGCACAGUUUUGUCUCACUCGUCUGCUCUCAUCUCACAAGGCGGAGACAUGAUUCCACCAGAAGGAAAAGGCAGUGAUCUCAACUCCCCCUUUGACUUCAAGUCCUAUAUGAUGCGUAAAGCCGAAUCUGUAAACACAGCUCUCCACGUUUCCGUACCACUUCUGAAACCCAUCACGAUCCAAGAGCCGGUGCGGUACUCACUGCUAGCGGGUGGAAAACGUGUGAGGCCUCUGCUCUGCAUUGCUGCAUGCGAGCUCGUGGGUGGCGACGAGGCUACAGCCAUGUCAGCCGCUUGUGCAGUGGAGAUGAUCCAUGUGAGCUCUCUUAUUCAUGACGACCAGUGCCGUCCCUGCCAUAAGGCAGCUAAAGCUUGUGCUUUAGGCCACACAUAUUAAUCACAGUUUCUAAGGCUACACUGCAAUAAAAUGAUUGUAGCUCAGUGUCUAAUGCAACAUCUUUUUACUUUUUUUUUUUCAAUGGUGUGUUUUGUUUUGAAUUUAUGUUCCAAUUUUUGUUGGUUAACUUAGUUUUAUUUUGAGUAAAUUUUUUUCUUUGUGUUAGUUUAGGAUUUUGCUAUUACAAUAAUAUCUUUUUAUUUGAUUAUUAGAUGUUUAUCCCAAUAAAUUUUAAUCUUUCAUAUAUAGUUUUCACAGUUGUAAAGUUUAAAAAAAAAAAGAAUAUUUUUUAUUCUUAAGUUUUAUAAAAUAACAAAUAUUUAUUUCUGACCUAAAGUUAUAUACGAUUGAAAAUUUACACAUAUAUUUUCAAACAAAAGUUAAGUAGAAUUUUAAAAUUAGCUUUAGGCCACUGAAUUUUUCGGGACGGCACUGAUGACGACCUUCCCUGUAUGGACAAUGCAGACGUCCGCAGGGGCAAUCCUACCAACCAUAAGGUAUGCUAUUAAAUCAUAAAAUGACUUAGAGAAAUGCUCACUAAUAAGUUAGAUGAGUUUUCAACCUAAAACAAACCAUAAAUCCAAUAUAUUAUUGAAGAACCUUUCUAACUUCGGACUUUGUCCAUGAUAUUCACAACUGCUGAAUUUUUCAUUGGUGUUAAUGCAUGCUGACUAGUGUUGAACCAAAUUUUACUCAAACAAGGUAUUUGGAGAAGGC